UUUUGAUGCGGAGGAGUUGAUGUAUUCAGGUCGAUUUAGCGAACGUGUUGUCAUGUUGUUUGACGCUGUUUUUGAAAUGAUGCAAACGAUUUAAAGGACGAAAUAACUCACAUUACGUCGCUGCGUAAGGAUGGUUUCAAAUACAGUGUCUGACUACCAGUGAGUAAAUGUGCGCGUCUCCCUGCUGUGUAUUUUUGCUCGUUCUGGAAUAACAUUAAAUAAGUUCACAGUAAAUGCAGUCAGACUGUCAGUCGUUCGUCUUUAAAAUGUCAGAUACAAAAUAAACAUCACGUCUUGGAUUUUCGAUUAACUUUAAAACGCUGCUAAGUCAUGGCUGAAGUUUGGAGGGACGUGCAGGCACUGCUGCCCGCCACUCAGCCAGAGUUUCCUCUUGUCUUCAGUGAAAUAGUUGAACCAAGUGUGCUGGAUCUCCUAGAACUGACCAGAGAGCAGCUGUACCGAGCAUCUGAUUCCUCUGACUGUGCCGAGAAAGCCCAGAUCAUUAUCGACUACGCCUGGGAGAAACUCAAUACAGGCACUUGGCGAGAUGUGGAUAAAGAGUGGAGGCGUGUUUACUCCUAUGGCUGCCUCUUUAAAGUUGUUGGGAUGUGUCAUGGAGAUGCAUCUCAGGUCAAGAUCCAAGAAGCCAUAAGAACAUGUGAUAUGGGUUUGCUGAUGGGCGCCUCCAUUAUGGACAGUAUUCUCCAGAGACUCGUGGCUGUUCUGAAAAAUAAAGUGAAGAUGCAGCUUCCCAGCAAAGCGGAAGACCAACCCUGCCCAAAGAAACUCAAGAGGAACGGCACACCAGAGCCCCAAAUUGAUGCUGCAGUGUCAGUUCCAAGAGUUAAGUGUCCGGCUCUGGAAAGCUUCCGAUCAGAUUUCCUGGUGCCCCAAAAGCCAGUCAUACUAGAAGGAGUAAUUGACCACUGGCCUGCCUUCAGAGAGCACAUGUGGAGCAUAGACUACCUGCGAGGAGUGGCAGGCUGCCGGACUGUUCCUGUCGAGCUGGGAUCUAGAUACACUGAUGAAGAGUGGUCACAGAAGCUCCUUACAGUAAACGAAUUCAUAGACCGUUAUAUUGUGGAUAAAGGAGCUGCUGAUCUGGGAUACUUGGCUCAGCACCAGUUAUUUGAUCAGGUGCCAGAGCUGAAAGAAGACAUCCGUAUCCCUGACUACUGUUGUCUUGGAGAAGGAGAUGAAGAUGACAUCACGAUUAAUGCUUGGUUUGGACCAGGCGGGACUGUCUCUCCUCUGCAUCAAGAUCCACAGCAAAACUUUCUGGCUCAGGUGGUUGGGAAGAAAUACAUCCGUCUCUACAGUCUCGAGCAAACGGAAAAUCUGUAUCCGUAUCAGUCUCAGCUCCUGCACAAUACCAGCCAGGUGGACGUCGAGAAUCCAGAUGUGGUGCAGUUUCCAAACUUCAUGAAAGCGUCUUAUCAGGAGUGUGUGCUUCAACCUGGGGAAGUCCUGUUCAUUCCCAAACAGCACUGGCAUUAUGUGCGCUCCUUAGAGCUCAGCUUUUCUGUUAGUUUUUGGUGGUCUUGAUAAUAUGUUCCUAUUAAAUGUUCCAACUUUGUACUCGGGAUGAAUAAAUACUAUGAGUGCUGAA